CAAACACUUUCACUUUCACUGUAUAUGCGUUCUAUAAAAGCUGCAAGAGUUGAGCUGUAGACCACUAUUCAAGAAGAGCCUGAAACAUCUCAAACGAUUCAGCAAGCAACCUGCCUGCCCGAAAGCAUCCACUCCUUCAAGAUACCAGCUCAAAAUGAACCCAAGUGUUAGAGAGUUCUGGUUCCAGUCCGGUCCGGCCAAAAAACAGGAGACGCUCCACUCUUCAAGGACUGAGAAAAUAAAGGAUCUCCAGACUACAGUGAUGAGGGAACCAGUGUAUCUGAUUGAGGCGACUCACCAAAGAUUGCACAAUUCAACCGCCCUCGGUUAUGUCCAGUCCGACCCAGCAGUUUCCACAGUGAUGAUGGAGGACCCAGUGUGUCGGAUUAAGAACGACAUCGCUCGUGUGUUUGGGCCCCUGGAGGAGGCUUUGAGUCAUGGAUCCUAUAUUCACCCAGGGGGUUACAAAGACUUCCAUGACAACCUACAGGAGCUAACCAAGCAAACAGAACAGAGAGAGGCAGGGGAGUUAUGAGUGAGGAACUAUUGAGAGACUAUCUGGAUGAGAAGGCUAGAGUGGGGAACACUAUCCUCUUGGUCGACCAGACUCUCAGCAAAGAAGAACACAAAAGUGAAGUGGAGAGGGUGAAGAAGGAGGCAGCAGAACAGGCUCGGAGAGCGGCAGAAGAGCAGAUUCAGAUUCAGCAACAGCUGAUGGAAAGGAUUGAGAAAGAACGAGAGAUCACCAAACAGGAAUAUAAACAAGUGCUGGAGGCCAGACUUAAGGAGCUGAAGGACCUAACGGAUAAAGGCUUUAAGGAAAUAGGAGAAUACAUGGAGAAAAACAAAAACGCCAAUCAGAGUAACGAUAAUCCAACUCCUCAAAAUAAUGUCUCCAAAAUGUUGGAUGGAGUUGGGACUAUUUGUUCCUUUGUUCCUGGCGUUGGCACUGCGAUUGGGGGCGGUCUUAUCGCCAGUGCCAAAGCUUUAGACUACGCUUCAGAACUCGUAAAGUAACUGUCAGAUUUUUAUAAAAUGUGACCGAUUAUUGAUAAAAAUAUGAGGGAAAUAUUUUCCUUUAAAAAAAAAAAAAGACGGUCAUUAGGUUUGUUUUCUGUGUUGGAAUGGUGUGGGUCUGUACAGAAACAGAAGGGUGUGAGUGUAUACCAGUCAUUGUAUAUAUUCAUGCAAGUAGACCACUGAUUGGCCAGCUUUGCUAAUGAUGCAGGAUAGCAUCAUUCUCUAUGAGGAAAUAGGGCAAAUGUUUUUUAAACUGUAUGUUUGAGAUACAAAGUUUGACGUUGUUGUUUAAAAAAUAUAAAAAACUCUCCCAUUUAUAAUUUGGCCACAAUUCCGAGUAUUGGAAGAGUCAACAACAGUAUUCCGGUAUGAGGUAACAGAAUAUGUACGAUUUACACUGGAUAGUUACUUUAAAGGGGCAACAGCCCAAAUGCAUACUGUACUUUGUAAUGGAAACAAAUAAGUGGCACUUGGCCAGCUGAAGGCCAGGCACCUCAGGUUGUUCUUGGCCAGCUGAAGGCCAGCUGAAGGACAGGCACCACAGGAUGUUCUUGGCCAGAUGAAUGCCAGGCACCUCAGGAUGUUCUUGGCCAGCUGAAGGCCAGGCACCUCAGGUUGUUCUUGGCUAGCUGAAGGCCAGCUGAAUGCCAGGCACCUCAGGCUGUUCUUGGCUAGCUGAAGGCCAGCUGUAGGCCAGGCACCUCAGGUUGUUCUUGGCUAGCUGAAGGCCAGCUGAAGGCCAGGCACCUCAGGCUGUUCGUGGCCAGCUGAAGGCCAGGCACCUCAGGAUGUUCUUGGCUAGCUGAAGUCCAGGCACCUCAGGCUGUUCUUGGCUAGCUGAAGGCCAGCUGAAGGACAGGCACCUCAGGCUGUUCUUGGCUAGCUGAAGGCCAGCUGAAUGCCAGGCACCUCAGGCUCUACUUGGCCAGUUGAAGGUCAGGCACCAAAAAGCUGAAAUUACAUGUUUGCAUCUACCUAUCAAUAAUGAGAUACGAUGAUACGUUGAUCCAUAGUAUUAUUAAAAAGUAACAUAAAUUAAUCUGGUAAAAGCUGAUUGUUAUACGAUUAAGGGGGAAAACAUUACCUUAUGAGGGUGGUGCCUGGCCUUAAUGCCACAGUCUAAUAAUUCUGUUUGAUUUUCCUUUAUUCUUCUAGCUUGUCCUUUUCUUUUAGAUUUUUACUGUAAAGUGUAUUGCAAUUUUGAAUAAAGAUUUAUUUGAUUUGAUAAACAAACUAU